CUGUGUGGUUCUCGUGACAGCUAUGUAGUUUUUAAAAGUUUUUUUAGUAGUUUAAUUGAAAAUGUCCACUUUAAGGUGGUCGUGCCCGUGUUGUUUGCGUUUUAAGUUUAGUCCCGAAGAAAUAGAACAGCGCUACAAAAGCCAGGAAAUCGACAAGAUCAUCGAGAAAGACAAACAAGCCCUCAAAAGACAAGUGAAGCUGUUACUACUGGGAGCGGGAGAGAGUGGAAAAUCUACGUUUCUUAAACAAAUGAGGAUUAUUCAUGGGAUUAAAUUUGAAAACCAACAAGUUAGAGAGUACCAACAAGUGAUAUACCAAAAUGUGUUGAAGGGAAUGCAAGUAUUAGUAGAUGCCAGAGACAAGCUCAACAUUCCCUGGCAGGAAAACAACAAUAUUAACCUGGGAAAUCAACUUUUACAGUUAAAGUUUAAUAACAGUUUGGUGCUAGAUUCUAGACAGUUUAUGCAAUAUGCUCCUUUAUUAUCAAGUUUGUGGAAAGACUCUGGAAUUCGUAGAGCCUUCGAGAGGAGAAGAGAAUUUCAGUUGAGCGAUUCCAUCGAGUACUUCCUGAACAACCUCGAAAGGAUAUCUCAACCGAGCUACAACCCCUCCAACCAAGACAUCCUCCACUGCCGGAAAGCCACCAAAGGCAUCACCGAGUUCGUCAUCUCCAUCAACAAUAUCCCAUUCCUCUUCGUCGACGUUGGCGGGCAAAGGUCCCAGCGACAGAAAUGGUUCCAAUGUUUCGAUUCGGUCACGUCGAUACUUUUUCUCGUAUCGUCAUCGGAAUUUGACCAAGUUUUGGUCGAAGAUCGAUCCACAAACAGGCUGGACGAGUCUAGAGAUAUUUUCGAUACCAUAGUCAAUAACGUCAUCUUUAGUAACGUCUCGAUAAUCUUGUUUCUCAAUAAAUACGACCUGUUAAAGAAGAAACUACGAAAUCCUGAAACAGACAUCGGUUGGUUCUUCCCCCAUUUCCCUGGAAAUAGUCGUUCGUUAGAGGACGUAAAAAAUUUCAUUCUCCAAUUGUUCGUCAGUGUUAAACGCGACAAAAAGAAACCUUUGUACCAUCAUUUCACGACGGCGGUGGAUACGGAAAACAUAAAAAUAGUUUUCUACUACGUGAAGGACAUUAUCCUUCACAGGAAUCUGGAGAAUUUGAUGUUACAGUGAACGAUCACGGGCGUCGCUUUUAGGCUGUGUAAAAAGAACAGAGAAAAAGAUACAUUUUUAUAAAAAAAACAAGACUGACUAAGUUUAAUUAGUCUUAAUAUAUAUUCUAAUCAGAGAAAGAGUAGUACGAUUUAACUGAAACCUCAAAGAGUUAUUAUAAGAGUACAAUGUCGUUUAGUUUAAGCAAAUUACAAAAAUGUGAUAGGUUU